AUGGAAGACUAUGGAGAAGGAGGUGAUUCCGUCCAUUUCUUGCUAAUUGCCGUAAAAGACGGCCCGGAAGAUACGGCGCCGCACAAGGCUGGCGUGCUCCAAUCGAACCUCUUGUACAAAAUGUGCGGCGAUGCUGAUGAGAACAAAGUAGGUGGCUGCGCAAUAGCUGUGAGGAACGAUUACAAGAACCUGGUGGAGGAAUUUGGCUCAACGUUGUCUAGAUGCGCCUUUCUACGACUACGGGAUCUCAGUCGUAGAAGGGCGCAUCUAGACAACGUUGAGCCUCUAGAUCGUCGACAACAUGUUGUCAACCUUGUAUCGAAGCUGGCUGCAGCCUAUAGACUACGUCUACGCCCUGGUAAAUUCAAGCAGAUGUGGAUCUCUUCGAGACCUCGAACGGGAAUCAGAGUGGACGGACAACCGAUAGAACUCGAUGAGUUCUGUUACCUGGGCUGUACGCUGAAGAACAACGGCAGCUACGAGAGAGAUGAGAUGCAAAGAUGCGCUAAGGCCACUUCUGCAUUUAACUCCUUAACGAAAUGCCUGUGGAGACCGGCAGAUCGCCUUGUUCAACGAGUCCUGAGGAGUUUGCCAGGUUCGAGCUGGAAGAAGCCACCUGGCCGAAAACGGAAGUUUUGGACUGAGGUGGUGAAAGAGGACUUGAGGACACUCGGCGUGGAUAGGCAGUUCAGGCAAGACGUAAGGUUUCGCAGAAUAUGGAAUAGCGACGAAUGUAUUGAUUCUGUGCAAGCUCUCGCAGAAGAUCGAGAAGGUUGGGCAAAGCUGUGUUCAAGGACGGCACACCUUGGCGAAGAUGCGGUUAGUCGCGUCAGGCGAUGA